CAUGAUGGAUUCCCAAAAUCUGAACACCUUCCUCUUGUCUCAAGCGUGCAGCAAACAGCUCAAUGCAGCGACGCCGACGACGGAGGAGGAGCACGGCGGAAAAUCCCUCUCUCUCUUCCAUUCUCCCCGACGAGUUGGUUGAAGCAAUUUUACUGAGACUACCGGUGAGUUCUCUUCUCCGAUUCAAAUGCGUCUCCAAAUUGUGGUUAUCUCUAAUUUCCAAUCCCCAAUUUGCGAAAUCCCAAUUUGACCUAGCUGCUUCACCCACCCACCGUCUCCUCCUCAAUUGCACUGACGAUUCCCAAAUCCAAUCCCUAGACAUUGAAUCAUCACCACCCAACGAUGAUGAAUCUGCAGCAGUGCUCAAUUACACCUAUGUUAACAUGUUUUAUCGCUUCAUCACUAGUCUUGAGGUUCUGGGUUCUUGCAGAGGGUUUCUGCUUUUCCUUUUACCCAAUUUUCCACCUGAUUACAUUGUGUGUAAUCCAGCAACGGGUGUUCAAAGACGAAUUCGAUCGACCCGUUUUCGUUAUUCUAAUUAUCUGUAUGGUAUUGGGUAUGAUGAAUCAACUGAUGAUUACUUGUUAGUUGCUAUAACAUCGUGUCAUUUUUGGCCUACAAUUGAGCUUUUUUCUUUGAGAACCAAUGUACCCUUCUCGCUGAGACUGAAAGGUAAAUAUAGGUAUAUCAAUCUCAAAUUUGAUUGUAGAAGUGGUUUGUUCUUAAAUGGGUCUCUUCAUUGGUUGGUUACCGUUACGUCUAGUGAUACGAAUCCUCGUGUACUCCUUGCUUUUGAUUUGGUUAGCAAGAGUUUAUCGGAGAUUGCUCUAUCACCUGGUUUAGCUCUGGAGUUGAAUAAAGGUUCAUAUUGUUUAAGAGAGAUGAGAGGAUGUGUUGGUCUGUGUUACUCUGGUUAUGGUGAAAUGGCUGAAAUAUGGAUAAUGAAAGAGUACAAAGUGCAAUCAUCUUGGACUAAGAUUGUUUUGUCUUAUGACAUUCUUAGCGCACCCCGCUUUUUUCCAAUAUGUUUCACCAAAUGUGGUGAUGUUUUUGGAUCAAAUGUGGAUGGAAGAUUAUUGAGACUCAACAAUGAAGGAAAGACGAUUGCAUUCUGGCCACCGGGGGAGAGCAAAUAUCGUUCAUUAUAUAGUUGUAUGUAUACAGCGAGUUUACUGUCACUCCCUAGUUAAUCUGAGGACCAACAAAUACAGACAUGACUAGUUAAUUUGAGGACACCAACAAAUACAGACAUGAAGUAUCAAUGCUUGAAGCAUGCAAGAAUACUCAGUAUAGUCAGGUCAAUGUCCUAGCUUUCCUUCAAAUGAUCAUACUACAAGAAGAAAACAUUGUAUUUCAAAGAGAAUGUAAAUUAUAUCAUGUGAAAUAGUCUUGUAUGCCCGGUGUCUGUUGUAGUGGUGAUUUUAGUAAGGUAGGAGUGUAGAUAGACUUUAGAAUUUAAUCAUGUUCCGUAGUAUGAAAGUUAGCAAAUCCUGGUUGGAAUUAGUACUUGAUAUUUUGUUUCUUUAUGUAUUUCCCCUCUUAAUAUUGUUCUUGUGUUAGCAGUUUUUCCCCU